AUGCCUUUGGAUAAAGGAGAAAAGAUCUCUGAAGUUAAAGUGAAUUGGGCAACAACCCCCAGCAGUCAAAAGAAAGAUACAAGCAGUAGUACCGUUGUCAGCACACAGCGUUCACAAGAUCAUUUCCAUGUCUUUGUUGGUGAUCUCAGUCCAGAAAUUACAACUGAAGAUAUAAAAGCUGCUUUUGCACCAUUUGGAAGAAUAUCAGAUGCCCGCGUGGUAAAAGACAUGGCAACAGGAAAGUCUAAAGGAUAUGGCUUUGUCUCCUUUUUCAACAAAUGGGAUGCUGAAAACGCCAUUCAACAGAUGGGUGGCCAGUGGCUUGGUGGAAGACAAAUCAGAACUAACUGGGCAACCCGAAAGCCUCCAGCUCCAAAGAGUACAUAUGAGUCAAACACCAAACAGCUGUCAUAUGAUGAGGUUGUAAAUCAGUCUAGUCCAAGCAACUGUACAGUAUACUGUGGAGGUGUGACUUCUGGGCUAACAGAACAACUAAUGCGUCAGACUUUUUCGCCAUUUGGACAAAUAAUGGAAAUUCGAGUCUUUCCAGAUAAAGGAUAUUCAUUUGUUCGGUUCAAUUCCCAUGAAAGUGCAGCACAUGCAAUUGUUUCUGUUAAUGGUACUACCAUUGAAGGUCAUGUUGUGAAAUGCUAUUGGGGCAAAGAAUCUCUUGAUAUGAUAAAUCCCGUGCAACAGCAGAAUCAAAUUGGAUAUCCACAACCUUAUGGCCAGUGGGGCCAAUGGUAUGGAAAUGCACAACAAAUUGGCCAGUAUAUGCCUAAUGGUUGGCAAGUACCUGCAUAUGGAAUGUAUGGCCAGGCAUGGAACCAGCAAGGAUUUAAUCAGACUCAGUCUUCUGCACCAUGGAUGGGACCAAAUUAUGGAGUACAGCCACCUCAAGGGCAGAAUGGCAGCAUGUUGCCUAAUCAGCCUUCUGGGUAUCGAGUGGCAGGUUAUGAAACCCAGUGAAAAAAGGACUCCAGAAUCGAAAGCCAGUGGCUUGAGGCUACAGGGAGUGUAGUAAAGCCAUUGUUUACUUAAAGAUUUAUCAAAUCAGUCAGUGCAAAUGUCAGAUACAAUGUAUUUAUUUAAAAGAUUCAUUUUUUAAUCAUGAAAUCAUCCACAUUGUUUUAAAAAGAAACAAGAUGCUGGAUGUCUGCCAAUUUUUGCCUUCAUUACCUUUUUUUGAUAAAGUUUCUCAGAUCCUUGUUUCAAAUACAAAUGCAGGGAUUGCUGCCACUUUUUAAAAAUUAAGAGGCAGAAAAUUGCACAAUGUCGAACUUUUUUCCACUAAAGUAGUGUGCAGUUCUAGUUUGCAUUCCUGAUAUGAUUUAAAACAUGUAAUAUAAAGAUGUAAAAAAAAAGAAAAGAAAAACCAAAACUGUGCAGAGUCUAGAAGUUCUUUGGUAAUCUUCAGCUUAUGCACAAUUCUGUUUUAGGUUAAAAAAGUAGGCAUUGUUUGAGCUCUCCCAUCUAUGCUGUUAUCCCUUUGAGGUUUUUAAAUAUAAAUUAUUAGUUUACGUCA